AUGCGAGAGCCACCGGUGAUACUGCCGGAGGACCAAAUUCCGCCGCCUGAGAACCAAAUCCAAAUUCCGCCGACUCAGAACGAAAUGGAGCCGACUGAGGACCAACUGCUGCCGGCUGAGGACCAACUGCUGCCGCCUGAAAACACAGGAAGAGUCAACGUUAGAGCGAUGGUUCGAGCACUUGAGGAGAAAAAAGAACCGCCGCCGCCGCCGCAGGAUAACCAGACAGGAGGAUCGUCCAAGGAGACGCCAACGGGAGCUUCCAAUCAGCCGGAUAUCGAUUCAGCCAAAGACGAUGAGCCAAAGGGAGCUUCCGAUAAGCCGGAGAUCGAUUCAGCCGAAGACGGUGAGCCAAAGGGAGAUUCCGUUAAGCCAAAGGGAGCUUCCGAUAAGCCGGAGAUCGAUUCAGCCGAAGACGGUGAGCCAAAGGGAGAUUCCGUUAAGCCAAAGGGAGCUUCCGAUAAGCCGGAGAUCGAUUCAGCCGAAGACGGUGAGCCAAAGGGAGAUUCCGUUAAGCCAAAGGGAGCUUCCGAUAAGCCGGAGAUCGAUUCAGCCGAAGACGGUGAGCCAAAGGGAGAUUCCGUUAAGCCAAAGGGAGCUUCCGAUAAGCCGGAUAUCGAUUCAGCCGAAGACGGUGAGCCAAAGGGAGAUUCCGUUAAGCCAAAGGGAGCUUCCGAUAAGCCGGAUAUCGAUUCAGCCGAAGACGGUGAGCCAAAGGGAGAUUCCGUUAAGCCAAAGGGAGCUUCCGAUAAGCCGGAUAUCGAUUCAGCCGAAGACGAUGAGCCACCGGGAGCUUCCAAACCCCCGACGUCGGUGACACAGAGCAGCGACUCGCCGGAGACACAUGUCAGAGCCUCAGCAAAGCCAAUAGGCCCAGGCCCAAGCCCAUAA